AUGAAACACCCAGACAAACAAAGAAUCCCCCUCCUAAACCCACGCCCCUACUACGGCACCGACUGCAUCGGCCGACGCACCCACGGCCUCGCCGUCUCAGAAGAAGGCCACCUAUACCAAUCCUACGGCACAAUCACAGAGAUAAUGGAGCUCCCGCUCUUCGUAUUCGUCGAGCCUGAAAGUGCCGCGGCCGUGGCCGAAUUCAAGCCAUUCACAUAUAAUGCGCUAGUCGAGAAGUGCUGUCGGCUUAAUAUUGCGCGGAAUACGGGGAGGCUGGACUAUUGUCCUGUUAGAAGCGAGGUUUGUCAUGGGGGUGUUUGGUUGGCGCCUGCUGGGGAUUUGAUGGUUGGGUUUGGGAGGAUUGUGCAGGUUAAUAGGCUUCCGAGGGUUUCGUUUGUUUAUAUUGUUGAGCCGGUGGGGGAGGAGGACGACUUUUGCUUUUAA